AUGACCGGAGGAGGCUUCACCGGAGACAAUAACAAAGAGUUUGAGGCAAAGAUAACUCCUAUCAUUAUCAUUUCAUGCAUGAUGGCUGCCACCGGAGGUCUCAUGUUUGGUUAUGAUGUUGGAGUUUCAGGUGGUGUGGCAUCAAUGCACCCGUUUUUGGAGAAAUUCUUUCCGAAAGUGUAUCGACAAAUUGAAGAAGAAGGAACAGAAAGUAACUACUGCAAAUACGACAACCAAGGGUUGCAGCUAUUCACUUCAUCAUUGUAUCUUGCUGGUUUAAUGGUAACCUUCUUCGCAUCUUAUACGACUCGGAUACUAGGGAGAAGGCUCACAAUGUUGAUUGCUGGUUUCUUCUUCAUUGCUGGAGUUGCUUUCAAUGCAGCUGCUCAAAACCUUGCCAUGCUUAUAUGUGGUAGGAUCUUACUUGGUUGUGGAAUUGGUUUUGCAAACCAGGCAGUGCCGGUUUUCCUUUCAGAGAUUGCACCUUCUAGAAUCCGUGGAGCAUUGAAUAUACUGUUUCAGCUUGAUAUCACACUUGGAAUUCUUUUUGCAAACCUUGUCAAUUACUUCACCAACAAAAUCAAAGGUGAAUGGGGUUGGAGGAUAUCCCUUGGAUUAGGAGGUGUCCCAGCAUUACUCCUCACUCUAGGAGCUUACUUGGUUGUGGACACUCCAAAUAGUCUCAUUGAACGUGGUCACCUAGAACAAGGAAAAACCGUUCUGAGAAAGAUUCGCGGCACGGACAACAUCGAUCCUGAGUUCUUCGAGCUGGUAGAGGCGAGUCGUGUUGCUAAACAAGUGAAACAUCCCUUCAGAAAUAUCCUCAAGCGCAAUAAUAGACCUCAACUUGUCAUUUCCAUUGCCCUAAUGGUUUUUCAACAAUUUACUGGCAUCAAUGCGAUAAUGUUCUAUGCUCCGGUUUUGUUUAAUACGUUAGGGUUUAAGAAUGAUGCUGCACUUUAUUCUGCUGUGAUUACUGGUGCGAUUAAUGUUGUCUCGACUAUAGUCUCGAUAUAUUCGGUUGAUAAACUUGGACGUCGAAAGCUGUUAUUGGAAGCUGGUGUACAAAUGUUCUUGUCACAAAUGGUGAUAGCAAUUGUAUUAGGAUUCAAGGUGAAGGAGAAUUCUGAGGAACUCUCAAAAGGUUAUGCAGCUCUUGUGGUAGUUAUGGUUUGUGUUUUUGUGUCUGCGUUUGCAUGGUCAUGGGGACCACUUGGUUGGCUUAUUCCAAGUGAGAUAUUUCCAUUGGAGACUCGUUCUGCAGGACAAAGUGUAACAGUUUGUGUCAACUUUCUCUUCACUUCUGUUAUUGCGCAAGCUUUUCUCUCAAUGCUUUGUUAUUUCAAGUAUGGUAUCUUCUUUUUCUUCUCUGGAUGGAUCUUGAUCAUGUCGAUUUUUGUGUUGUUUCUUGUCCCUGAGACAAAGAAUGUCCCUAUUGAAGAGAUGACAGAGAGAGUGUGGAAGAAACAUUGGUUUUGGAAGAGGUUUGUUGAAGUUGAUUGUCUUGAAGAUGAGAAAGUAAGUGAUGGAAAUGGACCUAGCAUUAUUGAUUUGGUUCAUUAG